CGCUACCUCCGCCAGUUUGCCAACACGGAACUCUUUCAGCGAACAACGAACAGCAAUCCAUUGCUUUGCAAUGCUGCGGAUACGUAUGCAGAAGGGGGUUUGGCUAGUUUAUCGCUAGUAUCAAAGCUAGCGAUUCUCAUGGGCCAAGCUUCAUUUCUUUCAUCAAUAUGAUGAAGUGAGAGACCUCAUUUCAUUUAUUUCCUUGCCUUUCUUUCAACACACAAACAACAACAAAAAAUGAUGCUCUACCCCUCGAGUUGUCGUCGACGAUGCAAAUCACCGGCCAACAUUUAUGCUGGUCGAAUGAUGUUGCUCGUGGCUCUCCUCUCGGCAAUGAUGAUGGACCGUGCCGAUGGACAAGUCGAAAUUCUAGCACUGGGUGCCGUUGCCGUCGCAGCAGUAGGAGGAGGUGUUUUUGUGAAGGCAAAGUUUAAGAAAAUUGGAUACUUUCUUCUGAAUGGCAACGACAAAGACGACGAAGACGAAGACAAGAACCCUGAGAAAAGCAAGAGCAAGAAGGGCGACGGAGGAGGAGGACAUAAUAAAAAAGAUAAGGAAUCUGAAGAUGAAGAGGAGAAAGAAUCUAAAGAUGAAGAGGAGAAAGAAUCUGAAGGUGAUGAAGAAUCGGAAGAUGAAGAUGAUGAAGAAUCGGAAGAUGAGGACAAAAACAUCAAAUAUGGAUUUCUCUUCUCUACCAUUGACAAUGCGGAUUGGUGCAUUACUGCCAACAACGGCGUGCGCAAGGGAGCUCUUGUGGAGAUGAGGCCCUGUCGUUUCAGUAACCAGCCCAAGUCUCAACUGUGGAGUUUCAACAAGGAUGGACAGUUUCAGAGUGCCAAAGAUCCCCUUCAAUGCUUGAUGGUACCAGAAAACAAGGAUUACGCCAGAGUAAAAAUGGGGCCUUGCGACAGUGAUGAUGAUAUCAAUGAAUUCAGGUUCAGGAAAGCAGAGCCUCCUGCAAUCAUCCGAGGGAAAGGAUACCAGAACAUGUGUUUGACAAACAAAGGCCAAAAGAUUGACAAAGGAGAUACCGUUGUUGUAGAUGAUUGUGACAGGACUGAUGAGCACUUCCUGUUUACUUUGCAUUAUGUGUAAUCACGCUGUGUGUCACGAGCGAUGGGAGAGGAAACCGAUGUGAUCCUGGGAGUUUGGUGGUGAAACUUGACGUUUUCCAACAGGCCACAGGCGCCAUGUAUGUUGGAUGUUGUUACUGUCGUCGUCACGUCAAAUCUGUGGUUGUUCGUUCGACCUUUGCACGAGUAUUUUCUUUUCCAAGUCCGCUUUCUUGCUCUUGCAUCCAGGUACUGUCAACUGUCCCAUCCCAUCCGACCUGGAUGAAGCUACCAUACACCUCUGAGGUUGAGGAAACCAGAAACGAACAUGUCUUCUAUCACCACUUCUUCCUUUGCUGCCUUUUGUCAGAGGAUUCGAUUCACGUUAACGAAGUUGGCUCCUUUCAGGCGUUUCUUCUCGUUCCUAAAAUUGAUAGAUAAAGCCCUCUAGCUAGUAGAAUAAACAUGUGUAAGAAGUGUCUCUCUGCGCUCUC